UAUCAUCUGUAUUAAAUUUUCAAGUAGAGUGAGUGGCCAACAGUGUGGUUGCUGUCCCCGCCAUCUCCGUCCACCCGUAGCUUUUUUACUUCUUAGGCUCGACCGGUAUCGCAGCAACUCUCCAUCAACUUUGCCUCCACCCCUCUUGACUCAAUUCUGGAUUGAAAGUCCUCAGAUCGUUCUUUCAACACCGUGAUACAGUGGCUUUGCAGCUAAGCUGUCUUUUUUUGCAAGAGGAUUCUUUCACUCUUUGUACUGCACCAUUCACCGGAACCUAGCUACAACUUGAACUCAUCUUAACGGUCGCAUCAUGCCGCUUGUAAAGGCUGUUGAGGAUGUCAACGAGGACACUCGCGUCCUUGGAUACGACCCUCUGCUCUCUCCUCAGUAUGUUCAAUCGGAAAUCCCUGCUCCCAAGGUAGCAGUUGAAACUGUGCAGUUGGGACGCAAGCAAGCAGUCGACAUCAUUGAACAGCGCGACGACCGCCUCCUGGUCAUCGUUGGACCAUGCUCCAUUCACGACCCAGAGACCGCCCUCGAGUAUGCUGGUCGGCUAAAGGCCCUCUCUGAGAAGCUCUCGAAGGACCUCUGCAUCAUCAUGCGCGCCUACCUCGAGAAGCCCCGCACGACCGUUGGCUGGAAGGGUCUGAUCAACGACCCUGACAUUGAUGAGUCCUACAAUAUCAACAAGGGUCUGCGCAUCUCCCGCAAGCUCUACGCCGACCUUACUGGAAUGGGUAUGCCUAUUGCCAGCGAGAUGCUCGACACCAUCUCUCCACAGUACCUAGCGGACCUGAUCUCCCUGGGAGCCAUUGGCGCCCGUACCACGGAGUCCCAACUGCACCGUGAACUGGCCUCUGGAUUGAGUUUCCCCAUUGGAUACAAGAACGGUACCGAUGGAAACCUCACUGUGGCAAUUGAUGCUAUCGGUGCUGCCGCCCACCCUCACCACUUCCUGGGUGUCACCAAGCAGGGUCUGGCUGCUAUCACCAAGACCGCCGGUAACGAGCACGGAUUCGUCAUCCUGCGCGGUGGUAACAGGGGCACUAACUAUGACCGUGAGAGCAUCAAGGCCGCCCGUGAAGCUCUGCGCGCGAAGAAGCAGCGUGAGAUUCUCAUGGUUGACUGCUCCCACGGUAACUCCAACAAGAACCACCGCAACCAGCCGCUUGUUGCGAAGGACAUCGCGGACCAGAUGCGCGAGGGUGAGGAUGCCAUCAUCGGUGUCAUGAUCGAGUCCAACAUCAACGAGGGUAACCAGAAAGUGCCAGCAGAGGGUCCCUCAGGUCUGCGCAAGGGUGUCAGUAUCACGGAUGCUUGCAUCGACUGGGAGACGACCGUGGAUGUCUUGGAAAACCUCGCGGAUGCUGUCCGUGCUAGACGGGAAGCCAAGGCCUCCAAAACCAACGGCACUCAUUAAAAAUGGACCUAGAUAUAUUCCUGCAUGAUUGGGGAUUUAUUGGACUAUCUUUCUUUGCAAAAACAAAAAAGCUCGCAGCACAUUUUCUUUCAUGUACAUGAUCUCUUCAACCCAGUUCGUUUUGUUCCUGC